AUGGCCGUCGAUACCAGCUACCUGACCACCCAGGUCAACACUAUCGUGUCGGAACUACAUGGUAUCUACGAUGAUAUCGGUGUUCCGAGCCAUGAGCGCGACUCGCGUGAGGCAGAGCUCUUCAGUGCUUUGUCGGAAACGCUGAACAACCACCUCAAACUCGUGGACACUGAGAAGAAGGAGAUGGAGGAAGAGGCGCAGCGACUCAUCACGGCAAUUCAACAUAUGGAACACUCCCUGGUGGAUGAGAAGGCCAAUGGACAGUACAAGCUCGAUCACAAUGCCUUGCGCGUCAGCUACCCGCUCAACCGUUGUUUGGCGUUCCUGCGCGAGGAGCACGGCGCGUUGAGCAAAUUACACAAGGAGCGUUUCGAGCAAGUGAGGAAACUGGUAGAGGCCCUCGAAUCCUACGCGUCGCAUCUCGAAGCAACAUUUGUCACCAUCGAAUUGCCGCCGACAGCACCGGGAACCACAAUUUCGCCGAGCUUCGACCUCUCCCCGUCCUAUGUCACCGCUCUGGACGACGAGUUUACGAGAGUCUACGAAGAAUACCAUCGACGCUUGGAGUUCGUCAAGACCACUUGCGAGGAGAUCAUCAAGCUGUGGGCUGAGCUCGGCACUCCCCAGGUGCAGACCGACACGAACAUCGUCAAAUAUUACCGGGAGGCGCCUGAGCAACUAGGUCUUCACGAGUCGGAUCUGAACAACCUGAGGGCGAAACGCGAGAAACUGCUGGAAGAGAAGAGAGGUCGGGAGCGCAAGCUAAAGGACCUGAGGACCGCGGUGGAAGCACUCUGGGAACGAUUCGGCAUCGAGGAGGGCGAUCGCAAGGAAUUCCUCGCGGCGAACCGUGGCUGUGGCCUUCGCACUAUCAACGAGUUCGAGGAAGAAUUGGGUCGUCUCAACGAACUCAAGAGCCAGAACCUGCACCUCUUCGUUGAGGAUGCUCGGGUUCGUUUGCAGGAGCUAUGGGACGCGCUAUAUUUCUCGGAAGAGGAGAUGAUCGAUUUCACCCCUGCCUUUUCCGACGUGUUCAGUGAUGCUCUCCUUGAGGCCCAUGAAGGCGAGAUCGCCCGACUGGAGACCCUGAAGGCACAGCGUGCGCCAGCUUUGGCACUCAUUGACAAGCACCGGAGCCUAUUGGCGGAACGAGAGGCUCUGGCUAUUUCCAGUCAAGAUGCUUCCCGUCUCAUGGCACGUGGCGCGAAGGGGGAAAGACGCGAUCCAGGCAAGCUAUUGAGAGAAGAGAAAAUGCGAAAGCGAAUCGCCAAAGAAUUGCCGAAGGUUGAGGUUGAUCUCCGGAAAGAGCUGGAGAAGUGGGAAGAAGAUUACGGCCGGCCGUUCCUCAUCCACGGAGAGAGAUAUCUGGACGAGCUCACCCCAGUCGUUGCCAAACCUCCUCCACGAUCCAAGACUCCCUCCGCUGCCCCGGCUAGUGCUACCAAGCGGAGCACUGGCCAGAUGCAGCCACCAUCGCGCCCUGCGAGCGUGAUGAGAGGGGCCCCACCCCCACGCUCCACAAGCAAGACCCCCACUGGAAACCACCCUCCAACAAAGUACAACACCAUCGGCCCUUCGCGAGCGCCUUCCAGAGCGGGUACUAAGUCUCCCUCCAAGAUCCCUGCCCGAGUUCCACUUGGGAACAUGCCUCUUGGAAACAACUCCCCCAAUCGCCGCGCAGUUCCUGGGGCCUAUUCCUCGAGCACCAUCAACGGCAAAAUCCCAGCACCUCGCCCGCCUCCACCCAGAAUGAGGGCCUUGACUGGCGGUGAAUCGCGAGAGGAGCGCAUGUCCUAUCUCUUUGACCCUCCACGGAGCGCUAGCGCGUUGUCGAAUACCUUUGUCCGGCCGGUCAGCCCUGAAGACGUAUACGAUGACCGCAACCAGCGUUCCUUCGUCAGCUCGUCGGCGUUCUCUCAGCGGUCCACUGGAUUUUCUCAAUCAUCGCACUCAUCGGCCUCAUCGUUAUCCUCCUCCAUGCAAGGGUUCCCUAAACCCAAUCCCUAUCUGCAGCGCGCAGCCCCACCCCCCGCUCCAGCCCCCCGACAAGUGUCUAGUACGUCGACUGUCAUUACGGCAACUACCGGAUCAGAGAACUGGGAAACCUUUGAUUCUGGUGAUGAGUCGGAAGCCGAUGCUAGCGAUGUCUAUUACGCUAAACUUCGUGCGGCUCAUGGGAAACGCCUGUUGGCCCCUGAAGAAACCCCCGUUCUUUCGCUCGGAGGGAAGAAAGCGAAAGGCAUUCGAAGUGUCAGCCCCGACGAGCCUGCUGACAUCCAGCAUAGACAGAUGAUGCAUGCAGGUGGAAGCGACAAUGAGUGGACGGAUGAUAUGGAGCCAUACUGA